AUGAUGCCGUUUGGGCUCACCAACGCGCCACCAGUGUUCAUGGACCUGAUGAAUCGGGUCUGCAGACCGAUGCUCGACCGUUCGGUCAUAGUGUUUAUAGAUGAUAUCUUGGUGUAUUCCAAGACCCGAGAGCAGCAUGAGGAGCAUCUACGGGAGUUAUUGGGGGUUCUGAGACGAGAACGACUGUAUGCCAAGUUCUCGAAGUUGGGAGGUUCUGAAAUCUCCCUCAAACAUCAGGAGCUUUUUGGAUUGGCAGGGUACUACCGGAGAUUCAUACAGGACUUCUCCAAGAUUGCGGUACCCCUCACUCGUCUGACAAGGAAGGGGGUGGAUUUCUGGUGGGGCCCUGAGCAGCAGAGGGUGUUUGAGACCCUCCGACAACGGUUGUGCGAGGCCCCAGUCUUGACACUCCCGGAGGGAGUUGAGGAUUUUGUGGUGUUCUGUGAUGCAUCCAUCACAGGUCUAGGGGCGUUCCUCAUGCAGAGAAGGCAAGUGAUAGCUUAUGCGUCGCGGCAGUUGAAGCCGCAUGAGGCAAGAUACCCUACGCAUGACUUGGAGCUGGGGGCAGUGGUGUUCGCCCUCAAGAUAUGGAGACAUUACCUUUAUGGGGUCAGCUGUACCAUUUACACGGAUCACAAGAGCUUGAGACAUAUCAUGGAUCAGCCAAACCAGAACAUGAGGCAGCACAGGUGGCUGGAUGUAGUCAAGGACUACGACUGCGAGAUCCUUUACCAUCCUGGUAAAGCGAAUGUGGUUGCAGAUGCUUUGAGCCGCAAGUCAGUUGGGCCUUCCACCCCAGCGGUAUGCAUGAGGAUAGCGGUGGAUUCUCCGCUUGUGAGUUUGAUCAGAGAUGCCCAGGUCGAGGGCAUGCGACCGGAGAACUGGAAGCUGGAGAGGAUCAAGGGUGAGAAUACCCGGUUUGUGCAGGAUAGUUGGGGAUUAUUGACCCGAUGCGGUCGGGUCUGGGUUUCGAUGUCUGGUGGGGUCAGGCAGACGGUCAUGGAGGAGGCUCAUAAGUCUCAUUUUUCUAUUCAUCUGGGGGCCACCAAGAUGUAUAGAGACCUGAGUUUGAGUUACUGGUGGCCAUGUAUGAAGCGAGAAAUCGCUUGGUAUGUCGAGAGGUGCUUGACCUGCAGGAUAGUCAAGGCCGAACACCAGAGGUCGCAUGGUAAGUUGCAGCCUCUAGAGAUUCCCAUGUGGAAAUGGGAACAUAUCACGAUGGAUUUCAUUACCAAGCUGCCGAGAACGACAAAGGGAUUUGAUUUUAUAUGGGUCAUCGUGGAUCGAUUGACCAAGAGCGCCCAUUUCUUGGCGAUUCGGGAGAGUUCGUCGGCCGAGAAGUUGGCCGACGUGUACGUUCGCGAGAUCGUGUCUCGCCAUGGGGUUCCCGUUUCCAUUGUCUCGGAUCGGGAUGUCAGUUUUACCUCCCGUUUCUGGCAGAAGUUUCACGAGGAGCUGGGCACACGGUUGCACUUCAGCACAACAUUCCAUCCGCAGACUGAUGGUCAGAGCGAGCGGACCAUUCAGACCCUCGAGGAUAUGUUGAGGGCGUGUGUCAUUGAUUUCGGUGGGAGCUGGGAUUCCCACCUACCGCUUGCAGAGUUCGCCUACAACAACAACUAUCAUUCCAGCAUUGGCGCCCCGCCAUUCGAGCUGUUGUACGGGCGGAGAUGUCGCACCCCGGUUUGUUGGGGUGAGGUUGGUCACAGGGUGAUGAGUCGGACGGAGGUGGUCUUGCAGACUACCGAGAAGAUUCAGCAUAUUAGGCAGCGGCUGCAGACCGCUCAGAGUCGGCAGAAGAGUUACGCCGACCGGCGCCGAUCCGAGCUAGAGUUUCAGGUCAGUGGCAUGGUACUCCUGAAGGUCUCGCCCUGGAAGGGCAUGAUCCGCUUCAGGAAGAGGGGAAAAUUGGGUCCCCGAUAUAUUGGACCGUUCAGGAUCGUUGCCAGGGUUGGCAAGGUGGCUUACAUGUUAGAGCUGCCGGAAGAGCUUAGUCGGAUCCACAUCACUUUCCACGUUUCGCAGCUACGAAAGUGCAUCAUGGAUCAGGAGUCGGUGGUGUCACUGGAUGAUAUUCAGGUCGAUGAGCGUCUGAAUUACGUGGAGAGGCCUGUGGCCAUAAUGGAGAGAAAGAUGAAGAUUCUGAGGAACAAGGAGAUACCUUUGGUGAAGGUACAGUGGGAGCAUCGGAGAGGGUCCGAGUGGAUGUGGGAGCCAGAGGCGGAGAUGAGGGAGCAUUAUCUGGAACUGUUCGCAGCAGCAGACUUUGAGGACGAAGUCUAG